ACCCAAGAACACCACGGCUUAUAUAUACCGUCAUUCUCCCUACGAGGCAGCAACUACUGUUUCCCUGAGGCAGGCACGCAUCCCCGAACCCUCCCUGCUGCUUGAGCGCGAUGCUGCGAGUACUACUGCUGUGCGUGGCCGGUUUUGGCCUUUGUCUCGGCCAGGUGCUCAAGCCCGGCAAGUGCCCAGAGUUCACCUCCAAGACAGACUUUGAGGUGCAGCCGUACCUGGGAAAAUGGGUGGAAAACGCGCGAUUCCCAACCAAUUACCAAAUAAAUCAGACUUGCAACUACGCCGAGUAUUCAGACAGAGGAGAUGGGACGGUCGGCGUGCAUAACGCGGGACUCGAGGCUGACGGCACCUUCACGGAAAUCUUCGGCUACGUGGAGCUGACAGAUGUGCCCGGCUCCCUCGCCCUUCAUCUGGACGGCGUUCCCUUUGUCGGCGCUUACGACGUGCUGGAGACAGACUACGAGACUUACUCUUCAGUGUACUCGUGCCUCAACCUCAUCGGGCUGCGACACAUGGAACAGGCGUGGGUGUUAGGACGUCACGUCCUUUCUGAAGAAGAGCUAAACCGCGCCCUCUCUGCCUUCACUCGCUGGGGCAUUGAUAUCUCCUCCUUCCAGUACACACCUCAGACCGACUGUUCUGCGCUGCCAUAAGCAUCUCCCACCACCUUAUUCUUCUCUCCUCGUGGUGUUAAAGCACUACUCAUACUACCCGACCAGUUAUUCAGACAUCACUCUUGUUCUAAGAUCAUUAAGGAUUAUCUGUCUACGGAUACAGUUCAAAUACUGACUUGACAAAUGUUUGUAACUCAUAAAUAAUACUAAAAUGAAAGUUACGCAGUGACAAGAUUACGAGUAAUAAAACGCGUGCUUCCCCUAACGCCGCAUUAUGAACAAUUUCUCCUUGACAUGUCACGUGAAAAUCUUGGGGGGGGCUAAAAAAGAAAAAAUAAAUAAAUAAAUAAAAUAAAAGAUAAAUAAAAAAAUAAAUGGAUUCACAUCCAGCUCCACCUCAUGACGAAAUUUUCUUCUUCCUCGAGCCGAACGGAGGCGUCAGUCUCUGGGAGAAACGUUUACCAUUUUUCGUAAUGUAUAGUUUAGGCGGAGGUAUGGGUUAACUUGAGUGACUUUUAAUUUAUAUAUUGUUAGAAUUUCUCGGAGAAGAGAGAAAUUUCUAAUUAAAGACUUCCACUGUUAUCAG